GCAAGUAGUCAAUGUGCAACGGGAAUCUUAACUUCAGACACUAAUCUGUACCUCUCUAUUGACCUUGCUGAUAUGCUGCAAGCUAAUUAUUAAACUUUUGUGGUUUUUUUUGGAUCAAUUUAAGUCCAGCCUGGGGAGAAGAAACAGUUAAAGAAAUGUCUCAAGUAUACUUGCAUUCAUCUAAUCAGACUUUGUGUGCAUCUACAAAUGGUACAGAACUGAAAUUAAUCAUUGAUAAUGAAACCACAAAUGAAAAAUGGACUGAAGACUCCUUUCCAGGAUUAGAAAUACUGUGCACAAUUUACGUUACAUAUGCUGUGAUCAUUUCAGUGGGUCUCCUUGGAAAUGCUAUACUCAUCAAAGUCUUUUUCAAGAUUAAAUCAAUGCAGACGGUUCCAAACAUCUUCAUCACCAGCCUGGCAUUUGGAGACCUACUGCUUUUAUUAACUUGUGUGCCUGUAGAUGCGACACGUUACAUUGUGGAUACCUGGAUCUUCGGAAGAAUUGGGUGCAAGCUGCUGUCUUUCAUCCAGUUAACCUCAGUUGGAGUAUCAGUGUUCACACUGACUGUUCUCAGUGCUGACAGGUACAGAGCCAUUGUUAAGCCCUUGGAACUGCAGACCUCAGAUGCGCUCCUGAAGACCUGCUGUAAAGCCGGCUCUGUCUGGAUUGUCUCCAUGAUAUUUGCUAUUCCAGAGGCCGUUUUUUCAGAUCUGUAUUCUUUCAGCAAUCCUGAGAAAAACGUAACUUUUGAGGCAUGUGCCCCCUAUCCUGUAUCUGAGAAGAUACUGCAGGAAGCUCACUCCCUGGUUUGCUUCUUAGUGUUCUACAUUGUGCCAUUAGCUGUCAUUUCUGUCUAUUAUUUUCUCAUUGCCAGAACUUUAUAUAAAAGUACAUUCAACAUGCCAGCAGAAGAACAUGGUCACGCCCGUAAGCAGAUUGAAUCCCGCAAGAGAGUUGCAAAAACAGUGCUGGUGCUUGUUGCUUUGUUUGCCUUUUGCUGGUUGCCUAACCACAUCCUCUACCUAUACCGCUCCUUUACAUACCAUUCUUCUGUAGAUGCUUCCACCUUUCAUCUGAUAGCUACUAUUUUUUCCCGUGCAUUGGCCUUCAGCAAUUCUUGUGUCAAUCCUUUUGCUCUUUAUUGGCUGAGUAAAAGUUUCCGGCAACAUUUUAAAAAGCAAGUCUCAUGCUGCAAGGCAAAACUUCGUACAAAGCCUCCCAGUGCUACCCAAAGCAAUUCACCUACCAGAGCCCUGUCAAUCACAGGCAGCACACAUGGCUCAGAAAUCAGUGUUACACUGCUAACAGAUUACAGUAUCACAAAAGAAGAGGAAAGUGUUUAGUCCAUCUGUGAUGAAGAAGGACAGAAACUGACCGUUUGCAGUUGAGUCACUACUGUCUGCAUCGUGGAGAAAUGCCAUGCCCUGCCCUGCCUCUGAAAGGAUUUUCACCAGGAGUUCCUAAUUUCUUUAAGCAUACAACAAAGAAAUCAAAGUGUGUGGCAGACGAAGAUAAAGCAGCUGAAAUUUUCAGCGUAGGCUCAAAGGAGUUGCUCAUUUGCCCGAGCAUCAACAGGCGACCUUAGCAGAGAUUCUUGUGCUGAGCAGGACCGGAGCCAGCAAAGUUGCUGUGAGAAUUGGCUGUGGGGAUUGUUUUGUCCUUGGUGACUUGAGACUGGGAGCUCCCUUCUGUGAAGUACUUCCUUCUAAAGCAAGCAAGUAAAACCAUGCAUCUUGAUAAAACCAUCAACCUGACAGAUUUUUAUUUCUUUUCUUGUCCCAGAUGUUGAAAAUGA